AUGGCUGCUAGCAGUCACCAUUAUGUUGUUGGGUCUAAUGAUGCAGGGCUGCCGCAUUAUUUCGUGGAACUGAAUGAACAAUGUCUCAAGGAAUUUGAACAAUACAACUCCUUGUGUUCAGUUGAUGAGUACGAGCAACUUCUUUAUUUGCUUGAGAAUAAGUUUUUAUCAGGGCAAGUACCAAUUCCCCCUAGUGAUGUGAUUGUUGUGCUUUUAACGCUUGCUACUGCAUCUUCUCAUUAUAAGGAUCAUCUUAUUAGGGGAAACGAUCCGUACAAUGUUGGAAGAACAGACAUUGCCCACCGUUGCAUGCGAUUCCUAAAUGAGCUUUUGCGUACAGUACACGUUUUCGAACUACAUAAGUAUGAAUUAUUCGAGCUUGAGCUGCUGCGGUGCCAGCUUUUUACGUUCCUUGAUAGCAUCGACCCGAAACAAUCAACUUCUACUAUAUCUAAGAGAGUCCGAACUCGCACUAACAACCAAGUUUCUGAUAUUCCAUUUAUUGCUGAAGAACUACCACAAAGUUUAGGCUCCCCGGAAACGGUGAACUAUAAAUAUAUCAGUGCUCUGGAAACAAAAAAAGCGGUUUUCCAUAAUCCUUUAAUUACGCGUGUUCUCUCACAGAGUGGUAGUUUCUGGAACUCCGUUGCUUGGGCUCUUUCAUCUUCAGUUGACGAUGACCCUGUGAAGCACUACUGUGGUGAAGUAUGGCUGCCGAUUAUUAUGUUUAUAUUUGAACUGUAUGAAUUGCGGCACGAAUACUACAAGCUCCAUGAGCUUGGUGGUACAGAUCGUUUGGGCUUUACCCAGAAGUUCAUUCGCAGUCCCCUGGUGUCUUUGUUCAAGUCUUUAAGCAGCAGUAAUAUUCAUAUUGCUCUUUGUGACCACUUGUUUGUUAACUGUGGUAAGGGGGUUGGUAGUGGGAUAGCUAGACCAGUUUACCACUCUGAACUUAACCUUUCUGCAACUUACCUGCCUAUAUGCAAACCUUCUACAAGUUUUAAAUGGUAUAAAUCCAUGAAGCUUAGACGGCGUAUACUUGGAGCUUAUUAUAGAGUUCUAGCUGACAUCCCAAGUAGCCAAAGAAUAAAGUCUUUCUCUGAGGACCAAAGUAUCAAAUAUAUGUCUAGGAUACUUCUACAAAUAGAUAAAUUGAGUAUGUUUGAAUCCUUCUUUUUGACUGAUGAAAUUAGCGCAACAAUGCACUAUUUACCGUUGCUUGCAGAACAUACGGUUGUUCAAUUAUGGGAAGAUUGUAAUAAGACAAUUGAGCCCACCCUAGUGGAUAAUUUGAAGAACUUGGACGCACUCAUUGACAAUUUUGAAGAUUUACUCGAAGGUGAGCCGAAAGUUUGUGUUAACGAUUUAGGUCUUCUCAAAACAACAGGCUAUAUAUAUACUUGUACGUUGGUACUGCUGAAAUGCGCGUUGUUUCUCCAUGGUAAAAGGCUGAAAGCUUCAAGGUUGAGGAGUGUUAUACAGAGAUUUAUUAAAAUGGAAUCAGAGUCGAUUUCAGCCACAAAAAGGGAUGAGACUUAUCCAAUCCUCACACCUUAUCUAAAAACUAUGUUUGAAUUAUAA